UGUGUGUGUUGCCUCAGGUGAAAGCUUCUUCCUCAGAGCUCCGCGUUGUGGGCGGGGCUUGCGAGCGCGAAGGGCGGGGCUUCAGCGCUCGGGAGCAGGGUAGAGCGACAGAUGCUCGCAGAGUCAGACAGUCGAGGCAGGACAGCGACGCACACUCACACACGCUCCGCCGCUCUCCCUCACACACUCGCCGUGCGGAGCACCGGGACUGCACCUGUCGGACACUCGGACGGUCCGGACCAGACGACCUUAUGUGCGGAUGGGAGCAGAGUUACACGGCGACCUCUCAUAGCUCGGCCAUGUUGACCAGUGAGGGGGCGCACACCAUGGAGCAGGACCACACCCACCACCUCGCCAAGAUGGCAUCCACAGCCACCACGCCCGGCUCACCAGGGGCCGCAGCAGACUCCGACGUGGACGACGUCGACAUGGGCGUCUGGACGGAGGCGGAGUUUGAGGAGAAGUGCACGUACAUCGUCAAGGAUACAACGUGCGACACGGACGGCGAGGCGCCCGGGACCACUAGAGCCGAGGCGUCGCUACCGCGGAACCUUCUGUUCAGACUGUCGCCGGACACCAGAGAGGUGGUGGGUGUGUGCAGCCGAGAGUACAUCCCCAAAGGAACUCGCUUUGGCCCCCUGGUGGGAGAAAUCUACACAGCAGCCAGCGUCCCAAAAGACGCCAACCGAAAGUACUUCUGGAGGAUCUACGCCGACGGCGAGUUCCGCCACUUCGUGGACGGCCUGGACGAGAGUCGCUCCAACUGGAUGCGCUACGUGAACCCGGCGCAUUCGGCGGCUGAGCAGAACCUGGCUGCGUGCCAGAACGGGAUGGAAAUCUACUUCUACACGGUGAAGGCGGUGCCGGCCGGCGCCGAGCUGCUAGUCUGGUAUUGCCAGGACUUCGCCCAGCGACUGCACUACCCGCCGUCCGGAGAGAUGAUGAUGCAGAAGCUCAAGCAAUCCUUCCUGGAGGUCAAGCAGCAACAAGUCAGUGGAGACAAGUCUGCGGUGGACAGUACGCCUCCAGCCAAUCCUCCCAAGAGGGAGCACAGUGUCCUCUCCAUCCUUCAUGGCACCUCCAAAAAGGAGCCCAGCAGGCUGCUGCCCACCCGCCCACACUGUGCUGACAGCCCGGAGCGUCCACUGUACCCACGUGCUCUCUACCCGGCACUGAGAACCCAAAUCCCUGAGGACUUUUUAAGCUCCCAUAAAGCGGGCUAUCCAUGUUCCCCAGGGAACCAGUCCUCAGCAACCCCAAGCCCAUCUGCUCGAAGCAGCCCGGACAGCACACCUCAGGGAAGCCCCUCUGGCCCAGUGUCUUUCUACCCAACCGGACUGUCCUAUCCCAGCUACUCCCCGCCUUCACCCUUCUACCCAUCCAGCAGCCCUUACUCGCGCUACCUCCUGCCUCAUCACUACCCUCUUCCUGGUGGGGGCGUGCCUACCGUGGGCGGGAUCUUUCCCAGGAUGUACCCGGUCUACAGCAGCCUACUGCCCACGCACAUGCCGCUUCUACCCACCGAUGCAGCAGGGAGGCGCUUCUUGGUACCUGAACCCCUUCACCCAUCGUCCGCCCACAGAGACUUCCUCUUGCCUGGACCCACCAGCGCGUUUUCAGUUGCCACCUCUCUGAAGGACAAGGCUGGAUCCCACCAGCCGUACCCAGGUCACCCACAGGGAGCGGGACACAACACCGGGUCUCCUACCGCUGGAACAGCUCCAUCUAAUGAGCGUGUGCCCACAAAGCCGACCUCGGCCAUGCUGGGGAGUCCUGCCGAGCACAACCCUGAUGAGGAGGCCAUAAACCUAAGUAAGGGCAAGCGCGGACUGGGAUCCGCUGGCUACAAGGCGCUACCUUACCCGCUGAAGAAGCAGAAUGGCAAAAUCAAGUACGAGUGCAACGUCUGCAGUAAGACCUUUGGACAGCUGUCCAACCUGAAGGUUCAUCUCAGAGUCCACAGUGGCGAGAGGCCCUUCAAGUGCCAGACCUGCAACAAAGGUUUCACCCAACUCGCACACCUGCAAAAACACUACCUAGUCCACACCGGGGAGAAGCCACACGAGUGUCAGGUGUGCCACAAGCGCUUCAGCAGCACCAGCAACCUGAAGACUCACCUGCGCCUGCACUCUGGCGAGAAGCCCUAUCACUGCAAACUCUGUCCCGCCAAGUUCACGCAGUUCGUCCACCUCAAGCUGCACAAGCGCCUUCACUCACGCGAGCGCCCACACAAGUGCCCCCACUGCCACCGACACUACAUACACCUGUGCAGCCUGCGACUUCACCUGAAGGGCUACUGCUUGGCGGCAACCCCUGGCUCAGGCCCCGCCUCUGUCUCCACGCAGGCCACACUAGACGAGGUGCAGCGCGCCAACGAAGAGAUCGAGCGAUUCGACGUGAGCGAGCACGCUGAGCAGCUGGAGCAGCUGCAGGGUGGCGUGGAGAUGGAGGCCAUGCUGGAGAAGCAGGUGCUGGGGAUGUUGUGGCACGAGUCCGACGUCAUGUCUCCGCUUUUCCACCAGCGUCACCAGAGCAGCUACAGCGCGUUUGAGACAGCAAACGAAGCCUCAGUGAUCAAACUUCGGCGCAGCCCUGCCUCGCCCCUUCCUGCGAACAUCACGGUCAAACAGGAAAUGGACGAUAACCACUAAGACCAUCGGCGGACUGCGUUGCCCGGAGCAACAAAUGUAAAUAAUCCUCUUGAUGGUCGUCCAGUGUGGCGUCACCACCACUCACCUAUCAGGGACUCGCAUACUCAGGAAGACUUUGUCCCACGACUACUUAUCCACCCUCCAGACAAUCACCACCUUAAACCUAAUUUAUAUAAUUAUUGUUCUGUCUUCGAAUGUCUUCAUUUUUGAUCAAUUGACAAAUCUCCUUAAUUUAUUACUGUUGUUGUCGAAGCAAUAAGAGAUAUGAUCAUGUCGACGCAGCCAUGUUGGUAGCUGCGUCCACCCUGUGACCUUCAGGGUUUGAAGGUCAGCAGCGUCCUCUGAUGCCUCCUUAACUUAAAAAGGGCAUUUUUGUUUGUGUGUAUUGACAACGGUUACCUCAGCGAGAGCGUAUGUGUGAGCGCAUGUGGACGAUGUGAGUGUGUGUUUACAGGCUGAAGCUUCUAUUUAUUUUUGCUACUUGAAGAAAACCCAAACUGAGCUGGACGGCAGAUCUUCCUGUGGUCCAACGAAUCGGCGUCGCCACUGAUGACACAUGUAGCACGCAGCCGGCCCCGCGGCGGCUUUCGACAGCGACGCUAGCAACCAAAGUUCACACGGCUUUACUUUCUAAACCAAAAACUAAAGGGAAGGAUGUUUGUGGUGUCACGAAGGGACGCGUGAAUGAAGAAGAUUGCUCUUGUUUUUCAUAAAUGUUGUCUUAGUUUUGUUACUCUUGCGGUUGAGGAACCUUUGAACCCUGUGAUGGCCCCCUAACCGACAUUCACGGAAACACACCAAAGCACCUCAGCUGCCCUCAAUGCACUGCCCCCCCCCACGGUCUUUCCCCCCCGAGCUGAAACUCUUCGACCAAAGCGUCUCUGUUUACAUUUCUGGUUUACGACCUUUAUUUAUGUGCAAAAAUGUCAAGUGUAAAUUAUGAUCUUUAAAAUGUUCACUGCUUUAAUCUAAACUGCGACUUGGUGUCUUCUUCUGCACAAACACACUCGUCUAUCUUAGCAUUUCAUUCUGACCAGAAUGACCACGACUUCACACGAUUCUGUACUCACAGCACCCCCUGCUGGCGGGAGGAGAUUCAACUACACAAGGCAUCUCACUUUCUUAAACGGGCAACAGAUUUAUUUCCGAGCUCAGCUCAUUUUUUAAGGUUGUUUCUCCUCUUCACAACAACUCAUAACAAAAAAUUCAAUUAAAAGAACGUAAUUACAACACUUUCUAAAUAAAGG